GGGUGAAAAAACCCAAAAUCGGCCACUUUUGAGAUGCGUUUUCCCCCAAAACACCACUAGUCGGGUCUCCCAUCUCCUCGUUGGCCAAAAUGGGGCGAAAAAACCCAAAAUCGGGCAACAUGGGGGUGCGUUUUCCCCCCGAACACCGUGGGUUGGACGUCGCGUUGGGGGCGGCCAUGAGAACCGCGUGGGUUCGAGCAGCCCCGUUCCAGCUCCGGUUUUGGGGUGGGGGGUCCGAGUCCUACGCCCCCCACCAAAAAAAAAUCCCCCCCCUUCCCCCCGACCGAGUGGAUUUUGGGGCGUUUUGGGACAAUUUCUGCCCCGAAGUGAACUCUCCGCGUGAGGAUAACUUAAAUAAAAACCGAUAUUACCAAUUCCCGACCCCUCCCCCUGCCCUAAAUUUGCCUUUUCUUCCCCAUUUUCCGCGUCGAAAAGCGUUCAUUUUUGGCUCGCCCAUUCCCUCCCCAUUCCACCCCAUUCCCUUCCUCCCCUUUUUUUGCCCGUUUUCUUUUUUUUUUCACUUCCAAGAAUCCCCAUCACCUCCAUUUUUCAGGGCAGCGAUUUGGGGUAAAUUGGAGCCGUUUUGGGGCCGGUUCCGGGAUCGCCUUUCAUUUCCCAAAGCAUCGUCCCCAUUCCUGACCCAAUUUCCAUCUUUUCUUCACCACGAUGCCCAAAGAAACCUAUAUUUUCCCCCAAUUUUGCCCUUUUUCCCACCAUUUUCCUCAUCCAUUUUCCCCUCUACGAAGGGAACCCAUCGAGUUCUACCGAACCUCAACAGUGCGACCAAAAUAAAGACCCUAAAACCCCCCCAAAUCGACCCAAAACCGCCACUUCUACCGCCCCAAAACCCCCGUUUUUCACCCCAAAACGAGCCACGCGCCGCUCUAGGCUCUAAUUUAUUACUACAGACGGAGGAACUCAGCGACGAACGACGAGCAGCCAAAAAUGGCCCAUUUUCCCCCAAAUCGGAACCCGGUGUCCAUGGCCCAUCCUCCUCCUUUCUUCUUUUUUUUUUUUUUGGUCCAUUUUCUCGUUUUUUCGCCCCAGUUUUGGGCAGUUCCGUCCGCCUUCCGCUCUUCCUUCCCUCCUCUCGUUUCCUACCAUUUCCGAUUGACGAUGACGACCGUUUUUUCCCCCUUCUCCCUGACGAGAUCCGGGACGGCGCUGGAUGGGAGCGGAGGGAUCCCGAUGGGAUCAGAGUAAUGGGAUCGGAGGGAUCCCAAUGGGAUCGGAGUAAUGGGAUCGGAGGGAUCCCAAUGGGAUCGGAGUAA